GGCUCAAAGACUGUUGUAAAGCCGGCUGUCUUUUCUGAUCUACCUGUUAAUUAAUCUUUCUUCAGAAAUCGAGCUUUCACCUCGUACAAAUUAGAAAAUAAUACAGGAAAUGCGGUAGCGAUUGAGAACCAGGUAGACCUGAAGUGGAACAGUCUUGUCUGUUGUAUACUUCCAGAAAGUUCCAGACUCGGGUGCUUAUGUCACAGACACACCCACAUAAGGACAUUACUGUGAAGUCAGUAUUGCAAGCAGAUCAUACACAACGUACAUGGCACGUGCUAAUCUUGCUCAAACCAGAUCGAAAAGGCUAGGACACGUCAUAUUAAGCUGCAGGGUACAUAACUGUCUGGCAAACUGUUGUGAGCUCACCCUUUCCCUCCCUAAUCCCUCUUUAAAACAAACUCCUCUUGUCCCUGGUUCUCAGCUUUCUGCCAUUAACUCUUAUCUCAGGCUCCAUAACAAGUGAUAACAUCUUGCCAGACUCUCUGGCCCAGACGACUGACUGUUUGAAUUUGCUUGCUUGGUUGUUUGUUUAUUUGUUUUAGUUCUUUCGUCGGGGGGCAACAGUGUCCUUCAGUUUUGAAUCCCUCUUGUGUGGUUAACCGCAUCAAACUUCUAAGAACAUUUCGCAAUGUCGGAAAACUCCGAAACUAUUUAUAGCUUGAAACUCUCCAGGCGUGCGACUCGCAACAGACAGCUCGGACAGGGGGAAUCCCCGUCCCCGGAUAGCACGCUUCUUGGAAUUGAGAGAAAGAUUGAGUUCGUUUGCCUUUGACCCUGCUCAAGGUGACAUCGUGUACGAAGCACUAUAACAUAUUACCUGUGUUUGCGUGAUUUAAAUGUUUUUGCGUGUGGCUGGAGAGUGUAGCUGUCGGCGCGCGCGCGUGUGUAUGUGUGUAGGAAGAAACAUAACGUACACGUGGACAUUCGUUGAAGACAAAAAAGGCAAGCAUGACGCGAUUGUAAAAAAAUCAUGCACACGAACAUUCACACUAAAAUGCACGGCUAACCAAAGCAUAAACGCACACACUGCCAGAUCAGAAGAGGUGAAAGCACAGUCGAGGGGGUUGACGGGAUAAAUGAGUUUGCUGACAGGUUUGAACCGCCACCAGUUGCGUGGCUAUGCCACCGCUCGUCACGCCCUAAAAUAGACCACCACACCGAUACAUAUAAUACAGUGUGGACCUCAAGAAAACCCUCAGUUAGCUAUCUGCAGGUGACAAGAAGACUUCGAACUGCCAAAGCUGAUUGUAAAAAAGACUUUGAACAGCGCAUUUACCUGUAAACUGCUGGAAAUUACCAGUUACUAAGCAGCACAGCACACCGUAGCCUCUUUUCAGGUGGUUGGAGCAGCAUGCAGUUUCUAACGAUGUUUCGUGUGCCUUUCCUAACAAUCUUUGCUGUCCUGUCGAACUACGCCUGUGCCCGGCCUUUCGAGGAGGUAACCCGGCCUUUGGAGAUGACCCACCACUGCUGUCUGAGCAAGUUGUCUACUUUGACUCUUGUGGACGUUAGUGUAGAAGCUUAUUCAGAGGAAGUGGCACAGGCAGAAGUGUUCAUGGACUACGACAAAGGAAUGCAGGCAAUCAAGUAUUCUCAUGUGAACAAGCACACUGGAAAUAUAACCUUCAUUAGUAGGGUUGUGCUGAACUAUAAACAGGGACGGAGUUACGAAAUUAGGAACCCGACAGAAAGAGUUACCCAGUGCUACAACAGAUCUCUUCCUCUUGUGGCACCUCCGAGGUGUAUACCAGAAUUUGCUACUCUCAUUACACGGGGGUACAAGAUCUCUACAUGGCGCGUUGUCCAGCAUCCCUUUGAUUUAACCUAUUCCUUCACUUCUGACACCUGUGAACCCGUGAACAUAAGACAGAAAGGAGAACAAGACAUAAUUGCCGUGGACAUGGACGUCAUGGUUUCAAACUACACAAGAAGUGUCGAUGACAUGGAUGUGUUUCUUUACCCAUCAGACUGCAUCGUCACUCGCCAGCCUCUUCGUCUGCCAUUUCCGUGGAAAGAUCUCUCCCAGUCUUCAUCUGCGCAGACAGAAUCUUCAGUCUUGUCCACUAUCUCAUCGAGACAGAAGACAGAUGCAGAAGAAAAAGUACAGCUUUUAGCUCCUCCUCUGCUUGGAUCCAAGACAAGGGCAAUGAGACUGCCCAUGAACUGAUGACACUGCUUCAUAUGUGCCUCAAGUUUAUAUACAUCUUGUUGUACUUCUAGGGUUACAUUCCACGCAAGGACACUCCAUGAGUGUCUAUGAAAAUAGGUUUUUUGGGUCUAUUUGUUUUAUUGUUCAAACUUUGUGCGGCCCUGUGUGACAACCCUUCUGUUACUCGCCCAUGGCGGACAAACAUCUUUGGGUACGCAGAACUAAGGUUUUCGGUUUCAUCGGUCUGUGAAUGACACUGACUAAUGGAUUCAAGGACCGAUCUCUAUCGUCGUGGCUUGUAGCAAGCUUUGCUGUAAGAAGACUUUACAAAACUGUGAUAUAAGGAUCGGUUGUAUCUUUGUACAACAGUAAAAUAUUACCGAUUUUCUGCUUUGUAAAUAUUUUUAAUAUAGAUUAAUGUAUUAUUGUAAAGUCAGAAACUUUUUCGAAGAACAAAAAACUGUAUCAAAUUAUAUAUUUUUUACGGUAUUUUUAUCAAAUGGACAUAUAUUGGUAAUGUUAGCUUAUCGGCGUGAAUGUAUACUGCUUACGUCUUCCAGACGGUAUUUAUAGAGAGGUUCGUUAGUUUUCUUGCUUGAAGUCCAUCAGCAUUAUGACAGCAUAAUGCUGUGAUCUUGAAAUAGUCAGCAUUCUAGCUUUAUAUAUAUAUAUUGUGUGUGACAGAGAGACAGAGACAGAGAGAUUCCCUAGUUCUCUUGCAUAAAGUCCAUCCGCAUUACGACAUUGAUUAAUAUAAUGUUGUGAUCAUGAAAUCAUCAGCAUUUUUGCUUUCAGGGGUAUCUUUGCAUUUUUUUUACAGUCACAUUUUUGACAUAUAUAUAUUAUUUACAUCACGGUAUGGUCUUUUACAUGUUAACUGUUUGUGAUCGUGGUUCUUGUCUCCUGACCAUCCACUGGACUAAUGUUAUUAAAUUAUUUUAAGAAUU